UCAGUUGAAGGUUGAUUUUGUCUCGCAUAAUGAGUAAGUAGUACAGUGAUUAUUGUUCAGUAUCUGUCCAUAAAGUCUUCUACAUGCCUUAGAUCGAAACCCACCAGCCAUGAGCAUAGUUCGUGAAACACCAAUCACCAACAACCACGAUACCCGAUAACCCGAUACUAACGAAAUCGUCGCUAUCAAUAUCUGAGGGGCAGUCAUGAGACAAACAAUAAAUGAAAUCCAUUGCACACAUUAACCCCGAUGAAGAAUAUCUUUUAUGACAAGUUUUACACAGUUUGUAGAUACUUGGUGAAUCUUAACACAUUGUGAUGGAUAAAUCUUUCACUCCAUGUUCUUAAUUUUCGGUUGUUAUUAUUUUUUUGAAUGAUCUGUUUUAUCUUUAUCGAUUUUUCUUUACUUCACGUUUCUCUUUUUUGCUUUUGAUCCUUUGUGUUCCUUUGCUUUGUUUUAAUUUGCUUUCAUGCCUUUGUUAUGCAUGUUUUCUGUUCCCUUUCUUCCAUUUCCUUUUGUUCCUUUUCCUUUCCUUACUUUUCCUUUUCUUUCCUUUGUUCAUACAUUUCCUUCCUUUUCUUUGUUCCAUUUCUUUUCCUCCCCUUCCAUUUCUCUUCCCUUCCUUUUCUUUUCUUUCUUUGCUUUUGCAUACUUUCCUUUCCUUUCUUACCAUUUCCCUCCUUCCUCUUCCUUUGUAUUGCUUUCUUUCCUUUCCCUUCCUUCCAUUUCUUUCCAUUUCCUUCCCUCUCCCUACCUUCCAUUUCCUAUCCUUUCCUAUCCCUUUCAUUUCAUUUUCUUUGCUUUUCUUUCUUCUACUUCCCACCCAUCCCCUUUUAUUCCUUUUAAUAUGCUACUAUGUUACUCCUUGCUGAUCUGACCCUAACCUAUCCUAACAUUUCCUUACCUAAGUAUAGAAAACUAUGAAACCAGCUGUAUUCCAAAACUCUCUUAUCCCGACCCCAACCCAUAAUUUUCCUGGACCACUUCUAUUCUACUCUAUUCCAUCUUACACUUUAUUUGAUCCCAUCCUACUCUGCUCAUUCUAAAUAAACACAUUGAAAUCUACAAAGCUGACAGUUGUUUUGUCAUUAUUGUGGCUCAUGAGAACAGCACAACAUUACAAAUCCCCUUCAACAUCCUACUUCUCCUAUCUAUUCCCAUCCUUUUGACCUCUUUAGCUUGUAUGCUUUGUUUUUCCAAUACAGUUCAUGUGAUAAUACUCUACAAAACUGUUUCUUUCAAAUUCUGGCUUAUUUAUACAUAUAUCCACACAUAAUUUAUGAAAAGACAAAGGGCCAAGUUCCCCUUGGACCUCUAUUCCAUACCCUUCUAUAUCAUCCCUACCCAUCACCCCUCCUAUUUCAUUCCCUGCUUCUCUUUUUUAUUCUUAACCCUUUUCAUCCUCUCUCAUCCCAUCUGAUUCUAGUCUAAUCCUUGUCUGUCUCUCUGUCAUGCCAAUGCACCCCACCCCAAGCUACAACAUCUCUCAUCCCAUCUGAUCCUUGUCUGAUCCUUGUCUGUCCAUCAUGCCAAUGCACCCCACCCCAAGCUACAACCUGUCUCAUCACAUCUGAUCCUUGUCUGAUCCUUGUCUGUCCAUCAUACCAAUGCACCCCAUCCCAAGCUACAACCUGUCUCAUCCCAUCUGAUCCUUGUCUGAUCCUUGUCUGUCCAUCAUACCAAUGCACCCCAUCCCAAGCUACAACCUCUCUCAUCCCAUCUGAUCCUUGUCUAUCCAUCAUGCCAAUGCACCCUAUCCCAAGCUACAACCUCUCUCAUCCCAUCUGAUCCUUGUCUAUCCGUCAUGCCAAUGCACCCUAUCCCAAGCUACAACCUCUCUCAUCCCAUCUGAUCCUUGUCUAUCCGUCAUGCCAAUGCACCCUAUCCCAAGCUACAACCUCUCUCAUCCCGUCUGAUCCUUGUCUAUCCGUCAUGCCAAUGCACCCCAUCCCAAGCUACAACCUCUCUCAUCCCGUCUUAUCCUUGUCUGAUCCUUGUCUGUCCGUCAUUCCAAUGCACUCCAUUCCAAGCUACAACAUCUCUCAUCCCAUCUUAUGGUCAUCACCAUCAUCAUCAUUGUUCUCCUCCUCAUAAUUGACCGAUGCCUUUCUUAACCAAAGAUUCAAAUCUGGAAAGCUGUAAGUGUAAUAAGCAUUUUGUCAUAACUGGGACAAGAGGGAUAAGGAUAGGAAAAGUAGUUGGUGCCUGUGGUAACAACAUUUCAAGUAAUUAAUAACUCUACUUAUUCUAGCCAAAAAGCCGAUAUAAUAAGUUACUAAUGAAGGUUUUUCCUCAGGUUUUAAUUUGAUUCAGCCAUCGCUGAUUCAGCAGUUGAAAAAAAUCUUAGACCAGUACCCAGAUGAUGGACAGAUUCUAAAGGUGAGGCAAAGGUUAUUAAGAGGUUUUAAUCUCAACUCAUCAGCCACCAGCUUGACAUGAAAGAUUACUUAACAUAACAAUCAUGCCUUCUCCCAAAGAGGUUGAAUUGUGAAACAUUUGGUAGCAAACCUCUUUCACGUCAUGAUGACAGAUCGAGUAGAUGUUAGUUUUUUUUAUAGCGGGGGCGCGGUUGGUCUCUUGUGAAAGAAAAAAUGUAUCAGAUGUUCGUUUUUUCCCCUCUUCUCCAAAAAAUCAAAACCGCGUGAUGGUAGGUUCGAAAGUAAGUUGUCUUUUGUUGUAACGUAAAUUAAUUCCGCUACAUCUUUAAAUGUAUUUAAAAACAUCUAAUGAACACUUGGUUGGGUUUAUUCGUAUCAGGAGCUCAUUCAAAAUGCGGAAGAUGCUGGUGCAAGUCAAGUUAAAUUUCUGCAUGACCGACACAGCUAUGGAAAAGAGAAACUACACAGUAACGAACUUGCUAAGUUUCAGGUCAGUCUACUGCCUACCUACCAAUGUACUUUAAAAUCAGUUAAUAAAUAAGAGAAUUUAUCAAUUAGUAUUAAUGUGUAACGGUUUCAUAAGAGCCCUGGCCCUAUUUGACAACGUUAUUUAAAGCCAAAGACGUCAUAUAAGGGAAUUCUAAUAAGGCAAAAAAAAAAUUCAAAAAUGCUUUUUGAGUGCAGUUUAUGUACUUAUUUCACGUCUAAAUAAGAGAAAUGUUUAACGCACGACUACCCGCAAGCGCCUUUAAAGAGUAACCUUUGUUAUGGGAAGAAAUAGCAGCUCGAUGCAUGAAGUUUUCGAGUAAAUGCGAUUUAUUUAGUCGAAGUCUUCACUCUAGCUUGCGAAUGCGUGUUUGCAAGCAAAUUAUCAUUCCGUUUGCCUUUUAUUUUCGACUGCUUGAAAACAUGGUGCAGCAAAACGAACGACUCCAUUGUUCUCUCAGUUACAGAACUGUUGCUAUUUUUAAAUCAGCUAUCUAACUGUAAAUCCAAUAUUCUUAACAGGGGCCAGCACUUUAUGCUUACAACAACGCCGAGUUUAAGCCCAGUGAUUGGGAAGGCAUCAGAAUGCUUUGUGAGAGCAAAAAGGUCAAGGAUCCAAUGAAAGUGGGUCGUUUUGGCCUGGGCUUCAAGUCGGUUUUCCAUGUUACAGGUAGUUAUUUCUUUCUUUUAAUAGAAAAACUAGCCACCACGAAACAUGCAUUAAUUUCAAUUUAUACACCAAUACAUUCUAAAAUGGCAAAGUCAGAAGCUACAAUUUGACAAUAAUACAAGAAUAUUUUCAACCUAAAAUCGGCAGAAAAAUAAGAAUAUUUAGCCUGGCCCUUAAAAACAACAUUUUUUUCUUUUCUUUUCUUUUCUUUUUUUUAAAGGGUACUUUUUUUCAAUACACUACAAUAGAAUAGAACAAAAUAGAAUAUUAGAAUAAUUCUUCAUUUAAACACGGUAAAAUUCAUCAGGAGUAUAAAAAAACUUUUUAAUAAACUUAACUACCCUAAACAAUAUGCAAAACUGUCUACGACUAACCUAACUAAGACCUGUUUUUCAUGAAUGUGUCGUGUACACAGUACUUGAAAACUCAGCAAUUCAGAUGAGCCAAUCGUUUAAAUUGACCUCUCUCAUAUCACAGGGCAGGCUGUUACGGAGAACUGCUCCGCUAUAACUGAAGCUGUUCUUCAUGAAGUUAGUUCGUAGGAACGGGACAAUAGGCAAGUUUCGUAUUCCCAGACGGCCCUGGGACGAGCCCUUGUUUUGCGCGAAACCGAGGCUAAUGCGGGUAACUUCUCACCGAGAAGACAAGCAAACAUAUGAAAACUGCGGCUGAGUUAGCGAGAAAAGCUAAAUUUGAAACGUUAAAAGGUUUUGUGGGUCUCAAAACUCACUUACAGGAUUGAGAAAUCAUUGUUUCAAACAGCAAAAAGGAAAAUCAGCGAGCCAUCACUAAGAAACAUAACGAGCAUAACCAGAAAUUGAUCAAAAUAGUGGUCGGUUAGUGAGUUUAAGUAAGAAUGCGAAGAUGGUUUCAAAAUCCUUAAACAAGGUUAUACCCUGAAGACAUUUUAAUGUUUUUUUUUUUAAGUGAUGGUUAAAACUUUUUUAAGCCGCACCUUCCAUUGAAGUGUACGUACUUGUCGAAAGCCUGCAAGUUAAACUGAAACCUUCCUUUUAAUUGACAUUUUUUUUAACGGGGCGAAUGCAAAAUCUUAUGUAUUUGAAAUAAAUAAACCGACGGAGCAGACUUUUUUUCAUAAAUUCCUUGCACUGUAAGAAAAUUAAAUCGGUGUAAACGAAGAUGAUUAAAACCCGUAUUAGUUUAUUUAUACAUAAGCUUACAUUUAGCUUACAUUAUUUAUCAAAAUAUUCAGUCACAUCAAGAAAAACGUACGCACCUUUCACUCGACAAGAACUUGAACACAGAGUUUUAUACAAAAGAUAUACUGAGCAGUUUAAACUCCAUUUUACAGAUGUACACAAGAGUUAGAUAGAUUACUAAGAAGUAAGAAAAUUAAAGGGAAUAAAAUAUUGUCAUUUUAACAAACUUUACCCUUGUCAAGUUUACUUCGUCUUUUGGCUUCGUCGCUUUUUUCUUUCUUCUGUUAAGUACGAUCAGCUUUUCCCACAAUUUUGUUGUUUGCAACAGAUAUCCCUUUGGCUUACUGGUAAAGUUUAAGCUUUGAAAUCUGACUUUUUUGAGAUUUCUAUCAUUUUCCAGCGACUCCGCGGCAAAUUGCCCAUGUUUGUUUUUGUUUUUGUAAAGAUGUUGACCCGCAUUAGCCUCGCAGUCGUGCUUGUCCCAGGGCCGUCGGCGAGUUCGGAACUUGCCUAUUAUUUUGUUAACAGAGUUCCCUAGGGAGAAGCGCGUUUCAUAUCGUUAACAAAUUUAGAGGAUAAAUAUCCUGGAACAAGAUCAUUUAAAGACUUGUAAACCAUAAGGGCUUUUUGUAUUUGAAACUGAGUGCUCAAGUCUUUCCAUUUAAGUUGUCUAAAUAAGCGUUUCGCAUCAGCAUCAUAUCUAGUAAAGGUUAGAACACGAGCAGCACGGUUCUGAAGCUUCUGUAGCCUGUCAAACAAAGUUUUUCCACAAUUACCCCAGACAAUAUUACAAUAAUCGAACAGACAUUGAACGAGAGCGUUGUAUAUACAAUGGAGAGUAGGCGUUGGAACAAAAUCUCUAAUCCUUUUAAUUGCUCCUAUCCCGGAAGUGAUUUUAUUAGUUAAUUUAUCGAUGUGCGUUUGCAACCGUAGAUUUUCAUCAAUAAAUAUUCCAAGAGAUUUUUCUGUCGGAACAUUAUCAGUCGAGAGUUCGGGUUGGCUCGACAAAGUACUCAAUUUUUGUUUUGACCCAAUUAGCAUAAAUUCAGUUUUAGCAGUGUUCAAAGUAAGUUUGUUGGAAAUAAGCCAUUUGUUUAGAUUGCCUAAAUCGUGAUUCAGAUUUAAUGGUGUUGAAUUCACAUCAACAGCUGCAUAAGUGAUGUGUGUGUCAUCAGCAUACAUUCUAGGCUGGCAUGAAGUUAGGCAGUUUGGCAAAUCGUUGAUGUAAAUAAGAAAUAAAAGGGGACCAAGAAUUGUUCCCUGAGGUACCCCGCCUUUUAGAGAACAGAUGCUAGAAAGGGAACCAUUAACGAGACAUCGUUGUGUACGAUUUGUCAAAUACGAUCUAGACCAAUCGAGAGCAAUUCCUUGUAUUCCGUAAAGGUUCAUUUUAGAUAAUAAGAUAUCAUGAUCAACAGUGUCAAAUGCCUUUUUUAAAUCGAGAAAAACCACAGCAUUAACAUUACCAGCUUAAAGGAGAGCAGUUACAGUUAAGAGAAAAAGAGCGAAAGCCCGAUUGAUGUGUAGAAAUGAUAUCUUCAUUGCUCAAAAAAUUAUACAAUGUGGUCAUAAACAAUCCUUUCGAAAACUUUAGCUAUAACGGAAAUGACUGAAAUAGGUCGAUAAUUAUUUAGAUCAGAUGCCCCCCUUUGCUUAAACGACGGAGUAACCCUAGCACAUUUCCAAUCGUCUGGAAAUAUACCAGAGAGCAAAGAUUUAUUAAAGAGAUCACAGAGAGAAAUUGAAAUCAGAUCUGUAGAGAUAUUAUCAAGACCUGUUGAUUUGGAUCUACAUAACUUGUUUAGAUGUGAGAAAGCAAUACUACUGCUUGAAGAAGGAAAACUGAACUUGUUGUGAUUUACAUUUAUAUUAUUGAUAUAACUUGAAUCAUGAUUAUUAUUAUCAUUUGGUGGAAUUUCAUUGGCAAAGCGGGGCCCAGUUGUUGAAGAAUGGUCAUUAAAAGCAUUAGAAAGCUCACUAGAAUUAGAAAUAAUGGAACCGUUCAACCGUACAAGAGUAGCACAUGCAAUGCAAAUGACAAUAGCGUUUAAUACUGAUUAAAAUAGGUUCACUUUUUUGAUGUUAUGCUUGCUUAAGUAACAAUACUUCAUCUCUAGUUGAUACUCAUAUCACAUUCUUACUUAACCACAGAUCUACCAAGCAUCAUGAGCACCUCGCAGAUCGGCGUAAUUGAUCCACAAGAGAAAUGCUUUGGAGAAAGACGAACUGGAAACAGCUGGGACAUAAGGAAUGACCGUGACAUCAUGAACGCCAUAUCAGACCAGUUUGCGCCUUACAGGGGAGUAUUUGACUUCCCAGAGGACAUUUUCACCAGAGGCUCAUACACGGGUACUCUUUUCCGCUUUCCACUACGAACUGAGCCGUCCAGGUUAUCAGAGACUUUGUAUUCUGCCGAAAAGGUUAACGAUUUGUUCAAUGGCUUCAUGGCUGAUGCCCACUUGGUUCUACUGUUCAUGCAACAUCUUGAAAGUAUUGAACUGUACGCUCGUGACGAGUUAGAAAGCAAACCCAGAAGAAUGUUUCAAGUCAGAAUAUCCGAGGCAAGCCUUCCGUUGGUACGAGAAAGGAGAAGGAAGUUUCAAGAAACAGUACCUAGCGGUCAGCUUUUACCCCACUCAGUCCACGUCACUUAUCCAAUUACGAUUGAGGCAGUACAGUAUUGCCAAGGGGUAGAAGCAGGCAAAUUCAGUCAUUCCUUCCUUGUAACCAACUACGUUUGUGGCGGAAAGAUAUCGUCUGAAUUUCAAGCGCUUGUUGUUGAUACAAGCCUCAGCUACUUACCCUUAGUUGGCAUUGCCAUGGCAUUGCCCUCAAGCCCCCAGGAUUCCGUCCCAGAAAUUCAAGGUCACGUGUUUUGUGUCUUGCCGUUACCGGUGCAAAAGACCAGUCUAACAGGUUUGCCUGUUCAUGUGAAUGGCUUCUUUGCCCUGACUCAGAAUAGAGGUCAUAUCAAGUUUCCAACCGCAGAACAGGAAGGUCACGCUUUAACUGAUAAAUCCUUAAAAUGGAAUAAGUGUCUUUUAGAGGAGGCCAUACCCCAAGCCUAUGCCACGAUGAUUUUAGAAGCUAUCAACGACAAGAGCUUCAAUGUGCAAGCAGCGACAGUUUACCAGUAAGUAACAACUGUAAAAUACUGCAAAGCUGGGAAGUAUAUUCUGCGAGCAUAAUUCCCCGUGAUUGCUAUCCUUUUGCGGACCAAGUAGCCUCUUCUGUUUGUAACAUAUAAAUGGAAACACCCAUUUUAAAAGGCAAACAUGAUGAAACGUUAGCACAUCAUCCAUGAAACUGUAUUCUACAUAAGUUGGAAAAGUAAUUGCUCCCCGACCUCUAAGUAGUACUAAGCUAACGUUUUAAUAUUAUCACUACAAUUGUUAAAAACGUUAAAAUAUCUUAAACAAUUAUCGAAGAGCUUUGGCCAUAUAUUCCCUGCGAUCCUAGUGAUCAAAUGCACACUAGCCUUAAGGAGAGCAAUUGAAGCGACAUUCAUUAUGCUGCCUCCAAAGAAAUUGAAUUGGCCUUUGUCAUUGCUCUUAUUACCUCAACGGCUUUGAUUUAUCAUUCAUUUGAACUAUGAUGACUCAUUUGCUUUGUUACAGAGCGUGGCCAGAGAUCACACGAGUCAACCAGAAAUGGAAGAGCGUUGUUGAAUCAUUGUUUGAUAUUCUGUCAGACAAGGAAAUUAUCUACAGCAAAGUCAAUCGGGGGCAAUGGCUUCUUGUUAAAGAUGCAAUUUUCAACCAGGUACCUGAAAGACAUCUUAAAGAGCUACUUGAAAGUGUCUUGAUUGGAGCGAAUGUCCCAGUUGUCUCUGUACCUAGCCACGUGAUGGAUGCCAUCAAGUCUUUUACUGAUGCUAAGAAAAUCACCCCUAGUGUCACGAGAAAGGAAUUGAAGAAAUCUGCAGCUUGCUAUAAAAACCUUAUGAGGCAUGAAAAGCUGCGGCUUCUUCAGUUCUGUUUACAAGAUGACCAAUAUGAAGACCUUUGCGGCCUGGAGCUUUUGCCUCUCUCCAAUGGCACAUUUACCACCUUUUCAGCGCUUGCCCACGAAAUCUACAUCAGCUCCCAUGAGCAUUCUCAAGAUCUUCUACCUGGCCUAGAGCACCGCUUCUUGGAUCAAAAGUUGGAUUCGGACAUCCUUCAAGAGCUGAGUUGCGCAGCCAGACAAGGUAACACUGCUUGGAGACUCCUCUUUAUUGGCCAAACCGAAGUAUAACCGUUCCAUUUAAUGAGGGAAAGUUUUUUCAGGAUUUAUCAUUAGUGCAAAAUUUCAUGCCAUCGUCAUCAGUACCCCCUGCCGAAAUUCUUGGCACAAAUUUUCUGGUUUUGAAUAUGAUUUAAGAAUACUUAGGCUUGUUGAACGUGGUGCUAUUGCCGUGCCGAACUAAAUUUAUAGAAUUAAAUUCUACUUUAGCACGGCAAGCCUUGCUGUGCUACACGGCUGUAGCUCGACUUGGCUUCAGACGUCGUCCUACCGCCGUGCCGAACUCAGUACAUAAAUUAUAAAUACAUAAGAAUACAUUUAAAAGUUUGCCAAACCGUUUCUUUAUUUUUGUGUUUUGUUUUCGGCAACUGCCGUUGAAUUCGACUGACUUAAAUUUGACAUCUGAAACCAAGUCGUGCAAGUGUCGUGCUGCAGUCGAGCCACCUUAGCACGGCAGUAGCACGACGUUUGAAACUGGCCUUAGUUAUCCGUUUGUGACUCCUUUUUAUCCUGUUAAGCAAUGUAGAAAUUUGACCAUUUACAUUUGGAAAUGGUUAGUCUCCUUGAUAACUGUACUAGCCUAUAGUCCAGAUGAUUGAUCCAAUGUCUACCAAGCUAUCAGCACCAAUUUGGUUGUUAACAACGCCAUGAUAUUAUCUUUUAGUUGGGUUUUUGUUUUGUUUUUUUGUUAAUAUCCUUCCUUCAAAUAAUCCAGAGUCUAUGUCAGUGUUAAUAACUAUCUUACAUCAAAAGAAGUACCUGAAAACAGUAGACAAUUUUGACAGCGACAGGCGCUUCCUCUUUACGCUAAUGAUUUACUUUCAUAGAAUGCACCCAGCUACGACUUCUCUCCGAGAACGACGUGGUAGUUCUUCUUAAAGAAUCCCUCCCUUCCGACUGGAGUCAAGGAAAAACUGUUCUGUGGCACCCAGAAGACAAAAACCACAACCAUCCCCCAAGAGACUGGAUCGAGCUCAUUUGGAGAUACGUUCGCGACCAUUUCCCUACUAGGGAGAGGCUGCACCUACUUCAGAACUUUUCCUUAAUUCCAGUCAGCAUGGAACAGACAGCUGUUACUUUGAAGCCACUUGCUCAGCCUUCCACAGUCGUGAUUAAAAGCCUGGGUGGGGACAUCAUUGAUGAUGCUCUGAUACAUGUCUUGACAAAGAUGGGCGGGGUUGUCUUGACUGAUUGUCCGGACUUUAUACUUGAUCACCCCUGUGUCUUGGAUACCUUUGUGCAUCGUCCUAAUGUCCAAGGCAUUUUCAAGACAAUAGUGAAGUUAGCGUCCACGUUCACCGCUAAAAAGUUGUCCGAAGUCGUGAGAGGGCUUUCUCCCGGAGAGAAGCGAAGUUUGAGAUCAUUCCUUGCCAAUAUCAAACCAGUGCAACUAGGAAAAAAAGAGAGCAAUCUCAUAUGCUCCCUGCCGAUUUUUGAGACGUUCUCCAAAAGGUUUGUGUCCAAAAAUGAAGGUCUGUCAGCAGCGCCUAUCGAAUCUCUUCCCAUUCAACCACAACGAGAACUCAUUGACAUUUCUGAUGAAGAAUCUAGGAGUUUAGCUCUUCUUCUUAAAGUCCGGAUUCUUAAACUAACAGAAGUACUUUGCGAAAUAGUAUUUCCUGACAUUCAAAGCGGCAAGUAUAAUGGAGGGCAGAUUGAUAAGUUAAUGUCCUAUGUGCUCUCGAAUUUUGCACACAUCAUUCGUUCUGAUGCUCACUUCAAGCGUAAUAUACAAGCGUUGCCAUUUCUGCCAAAGGCGAAUCACAGAAAGCGAGUGAAGGGGUCGGAUGUCUUUGAUCCCAGAAAUGAGAACCUUAGGAAAUUAUUUGCCAACGAAAAUGUUUUUCCCGCCGGCCAUUUGUACAACGACUCUAUCGUCCUAAAUGUUUUGGAAGAAGUUGGAAUGAAGAGCGAAGCAGACGUCACUGCGAAAGACCUCGUGCAAAGCGCUAAAAACGUUAGCGUGCUUUCAGACCCUUCGAAAGCAAGAGAGAAGUCUCAUGCAAUUUUGCAACAUCUUGACCGUCAUCCGCAAAAACUUAAGAGCAAAAUUGAUGGCCAAGAGCUAGGAUCGCUACUGAUGAGAAUCCAGUGGGUGCCAAACUUGAGCGAGAAAACAUCAAACUUCCCACCUUCACUCCCAUGGUUUAAAACAGGCGAAGAAGGAGGGAGACACUUUUUUAAGCCGUCUGAACUGAAGAGCCAGCAGGUGAUCAAUCUCAUCGGAUCUGUAAAACCUGUCAUCACCUUUGAGCCGUCGAAUGAAAUUGCCGGUCAUUUUGGCUGGCUUAAGAAACCAGAAGUCUUGGACGUUGCUGAGCAUUUACAGAACGUAGUUAGGUGGUACACGGGUGAUGAGAAGGCAUACUACAUGGUUUUAGUGAAUGAAAUUUAUGCGUUUUUGAGCUGUGCAGACUAUGCUGAGGUCACAGAGGUGUUAAGCAAUUCGCAUUUCGACUGGGUAUGGAAUGGAGAUGGCUUUUCUUCACCAAGUCACGUACUUUCCAGUAAGCCAGCAAUUGACUUAACACCUUUCGUUCGCCUUCUCCCUUCGGAAAUGAUGAAGCACUCGCAGUUGUUCACCCUUUUUGGUAUGAGGACAAACAGCGAUCCAUCUCUUUUACUGCAAGUACUUGGCUUGAUUAAAGAAAAGUAUGACGGUAAAAAUUCUCCUGUUCUUAACGCCUCAGAAGUACGACACGAUCUCCAGUUAUCAGUUGAUAUUUUGAACGAACUGGCAAGUGAGGAACUAUCGCCAGAGCUUCAAAGAGAGAUCCUUCUGCCUGUCCGUGUCGAUGGAAACUUGUACGUCCGGCUUGAACCAGUCGAGCGCUGCAUGUACACUGAACGAAAGGAAUGGGUGCAGAGUGAAAGCGAAGACGGAGAGCAAAAAUACUUAUACGUACAUCAUAAUGUACCAAACAACACUGCUGUACGUCUGGGUGUUCCAUCGUUAACACAUCGAAUGUUAGACCCAGAUGAGCUGUCCAUUGGAGAAGAGUUUGGACAGGAGGAGAAGCUUACUACUCGAUUAAAUCGACUUCUAGAUGACUACAAAGAUGGCCUUGCAGUGCUAAAAGAGCUGGUACAAAACGCAGAUGAUGCUGGUGCCACUGAGGUUAAAUUCCUGUACGAUGAAAGAACCAACGAGGAUGCUAUGACCUGUCUCAUUGACGAUGGAAUGAAAAAAUGUCAAGGUGCUGCCCUCUGGGUGUACAACGAUGCAACUUUCAAAAGUGAGGACUUUGUUAACAUCACAAAACUUAAUGAAGCAACCAAAGUGCAUGACACCGCGAAGAUUGGUAGGUUCGGACUUGGCUUCAAUGCAGUGUACAACCUCACAGAUGUGCCGAUGUUUGUAAGUAAGAACUAUUUUGUCAUACUUGAUCCUAACACAUCUCACCUGGGAACUGCGAUCAAUAACAGAAAGCCAGGUAUGAAGAUUGAUCUGAACAAAGAUGUCAGAAAAUUGCAGACCUUUAGAAAUCAGUUCAAACCAUUCAAUGGCGUAUUUGGCUGUGAUUUAAGUCUUGACAAAGACGACUACUCGUACAAUGGUACGCUGUUUAGAUUUCCGUUGAGGACAAGAGAACAAGCAGCAGUCAGUGAGAUCAGAGACAAGUGUUACGACGACCACGAAAUGAGGAAACUGUUAGAAAUGUUUAUCGAGAAAGCAAACACGGUUCUUCUUUUUACGCAAAACGUAUUCCGUGUUGGAAUGUACUUUUUGCCAAGAUCUUCAGGGCAGAAUCUACAACCGUUGCUAAUGUUUCAGGUCAACAAAUCCCUCGCACAAGGAGGAAUACUGAGAGAAUUGUCUUUCCCCAUCGCACUACCAAACACUUCGCACAAACUGACUGCAGACCAGAAGAAGUUGAUGGUACAGUCUAAUUUCCUUCAAGCAUCAUCCAAGUUUAAAAAACUUCCCGAGAGUAAAACAGCCAGACAAAGUGAAUUCCCUGAAUCAUCCAUUAUAAUUGAUGUGGAAUGCUUUUUAACCCAGUUUGGAGCUAGUUUUUUUCAAAAAGAGAAGCUCCCUGGAAGAAAACGAGAAAGCUGGUUGAUCGUGUCCUCAAUGGGGUGUGGAGAGUCAAUGGAGUUUUCUGAAAGCGACCCUAGUCUUCUUCCGUCCGGAGGCGUAGCUGCUCAGUUAUUUAGUUUGGACUGCAAGACCUUUCUGCCCACACCAGCAAAGAGUGGAACGGUUUUUUGCUAUCUUCCACUCCCGAUUCACAGUGGCCUGCCAGUUUGCAUAAAUGGUGCAUUUGCAGUAGAUUCUAAUAGGCGUCGUUUGCAGGGCAAACUUGAAGACGACAAAAUAUGCUAUGGCGAGGAAUGGAAUAAUGUUCUAAUGACUGAUUCCAUAUCUACUGCUUAUCUGUGCCUCCUUGAAGACCUUAAGGAAAUUGUCCCCAAAGACGGACGUUAUGUUUUCCAUUCACUGUGGCCAAGGGCUUUUGACGUAAACGAGCAAUGCCGUUCUAUUACAGAGUCUUUCUACAAGCAAAUUGCUAAUGGAGCUCAUGCUCUGUUUUCCAAUGGAAAAAAAUGGGUUGGCAUUACUCAAGUGGUUUUUCUCCAUCCAGACCUUCGCAUGGAUCCUGAAAUUGGAGAAAUUUCGUUUUCUGUGUUUUGUGACUUCCCUAAAGGAAAUGAUGUGGUGAUUGAUUUGCCAGCCGAAGUAUUCCAGUCUUUUGAACGUUGUGAUCUGCUAAAUGUGCUAAGAAGUAAAACAUACGACAAGUUUCGAUUUUUCCGUGAAGUUUUCUUUCCAAACAUUUCAAGUGUUACUUCAGUCAAACGGGAUGUUCUUGUGCUAUAUGCACUAAAUCAAAACAGCAAAACGUUGGACGACUUGAUAAUAAAAAACUCCUGCGUUCCAGUGUCGCCUAAUGGAAAGAUUCUCAAGCGGCCGAGUCAGUUAGUGAAUCCCAAAAAAGAAGCUUCCUCCUUGUUUUUCCCAGAUGAUGGUAGGUUUCCCUUUGGCGACGAGAGUACAUUUCGCAACCCACAAGUGCUUGCCAAACUGGAGGUACUUGGAAUGAACUCACACGAUCUUCCUUGGGAGGACAUUGCAGAAAGAGCAGAGAGUGUCCAACGAGUUAAUUCAGUGGACAGUAAGGUGGCAGUUAAGCGUGCUAAGUUUUUGAUAGAAUUCGUACAAAAGAAGUUGAAGAUGAAAGAUAAAGGCUCCUCGGAAGGCGUCAUUUCUCGUAUUGUCAAAGCUGAGUUUCUCCCAGUACUAGAGAGAUCGAAAUCGUUUCCCCUUCGCUGGAAAAGCGAAGAAUAUCGAACAUCUCGAAGGCUUCUGGCAGCCCCAAGGGACAUUUUUCUUCCUUCCGACAAAUACUUGGUGUGUUGUACGGAGUUAGUUGUCGAUCUAGAAAUCCCCAAGAAGGUGACAGAAUUGCUAAGAUUACAUGAAAAAAGAGUUACUACAGAGCACGUGAUGAGACAGCUAACUGAAGCCAUUUCCGCCAGCAUUGGUAAAAUGGAUCGUAAGAGUUUAGACGAAGUGAGACGCGUUUGCAAAGAGGCUUAUUCUUUUCUACAAGAUAAUAUGGCCAACUGUACGCCCUCCGCUAAGGACUUCCUGUCUACGAAACCGUUCAUUUUAAUUGAAAGGCGCUUUCUCUCCGCAGAUGAGGUCGCCUUUGAGGUGAAGACCGACUGUUCCCCUUACCUUAAUAAACUUCCAGAAACUUUAUCCGAUUCUUACGCCAAACUCCUGAGAUUCAGCGGUGUUAGAAAGCAAUUCGAAGCGAAGGACUACAUUUCAGGUCUUCAAAAAAUAAAGCAAAAGGUUGCAGAGACACAACUCGAUGAGCAAACCUUGCAAGUGGCAGUCAAUAUGGCUAUCGAACUUGGGGAGACUGUGAAACGUUGUAAUGAGGAAUGGUAUGCCGGGGAGGAAAGCUCAAAUUAUAUUUUUCUUCCUGAUUCUGGAAGGAGAAUGCUUGCAGUGGCUGACCUUUGCUACAAGGAUUGUCCGUGGAUGCCUGAUGAUCCAGAGGAACAGUUCAUUCAUGAAAAAAUUCCCUGGUCGACCUGUAAACAACUGGGGGUUAAAACACGCCGAGAAGGGGCCUUGCAACAACACGAUAUUGGGUUUCCUUUUGGGCAAAAGGAAGAGCUCACAAAUCGAUUGAAACGGAUUUUGACAGGCUACCCAGGGGAGAAAGAAAUUUUAAAAGAGCUUCUUCAAAAUGCAGAUGAUGCACAAGCAACCGAAAUUUGCUUUAUCAAAGAUCCUAGACACCAUCCUGAUGAAAGAGUGUUCCAAGAGAGUUGGAAGCCUCUGCAAGGUCCUGCACUUUGUGUGUAUAACAACAGACCGUUUACCAGUGCGGAUAUUGAAGGAAUUUGUAACCUCGGAAAGGGCAGCAAAGGAGAAGAUCCCAACAAGACUGGUCAGUAUGGAGUUGGGUUUAAUGCUGUAUACCACUUGACUGAUGUGCCGUCAUUCAGGUCGAAGGGUGAAGAAAUUGGAGAUGUUUUCUGCGUGUUUGACCCCCACUGCAAGUACGUUCCGUGUGCCAGUGAUGCAAAACCUGGAAGAAUGUACAAAGACAUCGAUAAGUUGAAGAAGAAGUUUCCAGACGUUUUUCCCUGUUAUCUUGAGGAAUUGUUUCCCAUAAAGAAUGCAACCAUGUUUCGAUUUCCGCUUAAGUCUCAGGAAAUGGCUGAAGAAUCCAAAAUAUCAAAGAAACCUGUUUCCGUACAUCAACUUGAUGGAAUGAUGAAAGAUCUGAAGAUGGAAUUGUUUGAAGUUCUUCUGUUCGUUAACAAUGUGAGGAAGAUUAGCAUUGCAGGGAUAGACAGAAAUGAAAAACUGGCAGAUAUCUACUCCGUUGAAGUUGUUAUGACUCAAGAAGCUGAGAGAAUAAGGCAGCGUUUCGCUGAUUACAUGAAGCAAGUUGGAAAGAAAGCCAAGCACGAAGAUUUCCUCCCUACAAGUAUACAGACGAAAAAGUGCAUUUAUACCAUGACACUUCGUGACAGCGUUGGUGAGGAGGAGACUUGGUUGAUUGUACAACAGGUCGGCUUUGAGAAGCCUGUGGAAAAGAGUAUUGUUGACGCCUUCAGAGACGAAAACCUUGGGAUGCUACCUCGGGGUGGUGUGGCUUGCCUUUUAAGCAGCAGCAGGUCAUCUGGGCAACGGAAAGGUAAAGAUGGUAAAGCGUACUGCUUUCUUCCACUACCCUUUAGAACCAAUUUGCCCGUUUAUAUCAAUGGUCACUUUGCUUUGGACCAUGAGGCCAGAAGAAAUUUGUGGCGGGAUGAAGCUGGUGGCUAUCGGAGUGACUGGAAUAAAGCCCUGCUACGUGAUGUGAUCACCUCCUGCUACCUCACUCUCCUGGACAAGGUACGAGGAUACAUUCAGCUGCCAGUUGGGCAGGAUGCUGCAGAUCAGUAUUCCACCUUUAGCAAAAGUGAGAUCACCAAAAGGCUAAUUUCCUAUGAAAGACUUUUCCCCAGGUAUCCCCUUGAAGAUUCACACUGGAGGAUGUUAGCUGAUUCCGUGUACCAAGAAAUGAGCAACAAGGAGAUGCGCCUAAUUCCAGUAGUGAGAUCUUUGAAACAAAUGUCAAAUGCCCGUGCUAAAAAUUUGAAAUCAGUAGUAACAUGGUUUCCACCGCAAGGUGCUGGCAAGAACCAAGUGUUCUUCAACAAUCUUGAAAUCGAAGGCUGCUUUUCUGCACUUUCUCUUAGGCCAGAUAUUGAAGAGGAGGAAAGGAGGAAGAAAGAUGAAGCCCGGAUUAGGCGAAAACAGCAAUUCGAAGAAACGAUGCUACGAACUGGGUUCAAUUUGGUCACACUAUCAAUCACCGUCUUCCGUUCAUUCAAAGAAGCGGGAGUAGAGGUUUGCUGUCUAUGUCCUGUUGUUAUUAUGGACUUCUUCAAGUCGUUCAGUGAAGUUAAUCCGCUUUGCAGUAUUGGCGAGAUCCCGUUUCCUAUCGACAAGACUCCAUUCAAGGACCAAGAGGCAUUAAUUGGCAUUCUAAAGUACUGUAGGGCCAAUGAAUGUUUUCUGGAGAAUCUCGCGGGUCUUCCGUUGCUUCUCACACAAGAUAACUACUUACGCGUAUUUAGCGAGAAAGAACCUCGGUGUUUGAGUCAUUAUUACGAUAUUUUACCACGAUCUCCGUCGUUGUUUGUGCACAACAGAGUCCACUGCGAAGUUUUCAACAAUGUUGAUCUCAAAAAGACCCCUGUAUUCCGACCCCUGGAUGUACAAAUACUCUCGUCAAAUUUGCACCUUGCGCUUCCCGGAUGCUUCUGUAGCGAGGAUCGCUAUAUGAGGUGGUCUCCUGAAGAUCCGAAGUCUCCUUUGCCGAAUCGUCGCUGGAUUUACAGAGUCUGGAACUUUUUGGAGAGAUUUUCCAGCGAAACAUUGAAAGAAUCAGAUGUAGCAGACGAAAACAAAAUUUCGUUCAUUCGUGACCUGCUCAAGCCGUUGUCUAAAUGGAACAUUCUUCCAGCGACAGAGAAAAGCGUGUCUGUAGAUCAUUAUUUAGUGCCUCUGAAAAUGGCGGAGUCGGUUCUUGAUUUUGGUGAUUGUGGUCAGUCAAGCAAGAAGUUGGUCGAGGCUUUGAGAUGUUUGACAUUACCUGAGCUUAACUCGGUUGUGAUGGCAUCCAGUAGCGUUGAUACGUCAUCCUACACUAAUACGGAUUCAUACAGGUUCGCUUGUAAUAUUGUGGCGACAUUGAAGACACCUCAUUCACUUUUAAAGGCGCUGAAUCAGAAACUAAAGACGAAUCCUGCCUCCCUUAGUGGUAGACUAAAGAGCACUGAGGCUGAAAGCAUUCUUGGUUAUUUUAGCCGUAGUGUCAAGGAUUUAGUAGACGACGACAAAGAAGCACUAAGAAAGCUUCCUUUCUUUCCAGUGGCGGGCGGAAGGCUUGGAGAAGUACAGGAUAGAGACGUCUUUGUCCUACCUGGUGAGAUCCCCAAGGACGAGAUGGAUGCUGUAGAAUCCAGAGUUGGCUGUUUGUUUCUAGAACCUCGUCAAAGUCUGUCAGACUUGUAUGAAUUCCUCGGAUUUCACCAAUUAUCACCAGCAAAUGCAUAUCUAAAAUUCAUCCUGAAAUGCUUUCAGCAUCUUAGUUUUGAAGGAAAGUUGGCCCAUCUCCGAUAUCUGCGGGGCUUUGUUUUCUCAACAAGUGUACAAGGAAAGGAAAAUGAAGAAUUUGAAAAGAAACAGCUGCUGGAUUACCUGAAAAUAGUUCCAACCAUCUCAGCCGUGGAUGGCUCAUUGAAGACAGCAUCCAGUUUUUACGACCCUCGGAAUGAAGUUUUCCGUACUAUGUUAUCAGCAGACAGUUUCCCAACGGGAAUUUUCAACACUAACGAAUGGUUGCCCUUUUUGGAGAAAAUAGGCUUAAUAACAAACGUUUCGCAAGAUGAUUUUGUGAAGUUCGCUUCCCAAGUUGCUAGUGAAGCUGAAACAGCCCGCACUGAAAAGACAUACAAGAAGUCUGAAGUUCUAGUGCAUAACCUCAUUUCUUGGCCUAAUGUUGUAGAAGAAGGGCUCUUACCUCUUGUUCGUAACAUUCCUUUUGUGGCGUCAGAUCCAGUAAAAGAAUCCCUAAAAGCACUAUGCCCACCAUUUGGUGAAAAGAGGAGUGGUGAAAUUCCAUUUAUUGCAUUUAGUGGUACAGUAUUCAGAGAUCAUGAAGAAAUUGUUUGGACCAAAGCGUUUUUGCUUCCAAAUUGGGCGGAUCCAAGGUUUAAUUACGGAGCCCUUGCAAGUGGGUGUCCUCAUCGAAAGACAGAGAAGUAUCUCAAAAGUUUCCUGGCUCAGCUCAACGUCAUUAAGGAGCCAUCAAUUCGACUUGUCAUCGGCCACUGUCAGACGGUAAGUGGCGUAAGAGAUCUCAGAGAUAAGAUCCCUUCAACUGUCACAAAGGUCAUGGAACGCAUUUACACAUUUCUGCAGCAAAAGGCAGCCAGUGAACCUGAUUUGAAUAUCUUGCUCCAAAGCACACGUUGUAUCUUGGUGGAGCGAGGGAAAAGGUUCAUCCUUCCUAAACAAGCAGUCCUCGAGCUCUACGAGGAUCUCGAGAUAAAGCCAUUCCUGUACAGAGUGCCUCCUGAAUUUGGCAAGUUUCAGUCUUUGUUUAAGCUUCUGGGCUGCUCCAAGACUGUAACCUCUACACACUACGCUAUGGUCUUAGAGCUUUUGCAGAAAAACUGCCAAGAAGCAAAGCUACAUCCAAACGAAGUCCAGAUGUCUUCAAAGGCGGUUAGAGGACUAUUUAACAGUGUGCAAGACGAUGAUGAAAGUGUAAAAACGCUCCCUAAAUUGUACCUACCAGCAGUGUCUCCAGAAUCCGGCUCUCCGAACAAACCACUAGAAGCUAACCCUGUUACUUUGCGUCCAUCCGAAGAGCUUAUAUUUGAUGACGCUCCAACCUAUGGCAGUCGGAUUCACGGGAUUGACCAGCUGUUCGUCCCAGACCUUAGCCUGAUGGAAGUAACCUUAAAAUCAGCCAUGACGAGCUUUAAAGAUCUCAUGAUGAAAUUGCCUGCCUCUGUACAACCACGAAUGUUGUCGUCAGUGGUGAAAGAGAAGCUCAGCUCCCCAGACAGCCUAGAAGUAGUGUCAAUUGAGGCAGUGAAUGCACUGAAACGGCAACUCACGUCUGUGCAGUUUGGACAUGGAUUUGCGAGGAUCAUAAGACACGUCAAUUAUCAGAAGAAAGGCUUCGACGAAGGGGUGAUAGCAGGUGUUGAAAGGGGACUCCGCAGCAUCGAGCUCUUAUCCGUAAAAGGCCUUAAAACGUCACUUUAUCACAAUGACAUCCUGAUUCCUGAGAGUGAGCAAUCAGUGGUGUAUUUCAAAGAGAGGUUGGAGCUACCUGGCAAGGAAACGUGGAGAGUUUACAUCAAUGCGCUAACUGGAAUAGAUGAAACCUUUUGGGCAGUGGUAACCAACAUUAUUGUGGAAAUGUACGGCGAAUUCCUCGGUAAGAAUUCCUAUGUCAUUACUAGUAUGUUACGUUGUUCUCCAACGGGCAUCUGGUCACUCUUGGACAAGAUGGGUAUAAGAAAAGAUGACAGUUACGGCGCAGCACAAAUGAAAAUCUAUCCUGAACCUGGUACCUAUAUUCCAGUUGAAGAUCAGCAUCUCUUGAAUGACGCUUUUGAAGAAUUUGAACCUGGGGAAUACGUAGGUUAUCAGCUGCAUGACCCAAGUCUACAACAGGAGGAAGGCACUGCAAUCUACAUCUACGCUAUAGUUAUUGAGGAGGUAUCAAACACAGAUGCUGGGAUGUUGUUGAAAUCAUACAGAAUCGACAUCGGGCAUGACAAGGAGCCGGUUGUGGUCAGUGCUGCUCGCUUACAUAAAUUUCACCGAUUAGAGGAGAUAUUUGACGAACAAGAAGGUUUACACAAAGAUAUAGAAGAGGUGUGUAAAGAGAUCUCUGCCACUCUCGAGCUCGCAUGGGAACUGCCAGAGGAAGAGAGAGAUCAAAUUGUCAAGCGUUUUUUUUUGCGUUGGUUUCCAAAGGAGAAUAUCCGUAAUUUGGAGUUGUUCACAGCAGCUUUUCAGCACUUAAAGAGUGAGAUUUCUAGACUCGGUGGUUUUAACCUUGCUUUGUUUGCUCCAUGGGAAGCCCUUGUAAGAGAACGAGACAAUCAGAGAGAAACUUACCGAGAAAACUACUGCAAAAAGUUUGGUUCGUGGAAGUCUUCGUCGGGCCAUAGGUCAGGAUCCAGUUUUCCUCCAAGUUUCUGUCAUCAAAAUUCUCAACCAGGAGAGGCCAAGCGCUGGUUCAGACAAGCUGAAGCUGACCUUGAGGCUGGCACCGUGGAAUUAUCCUUCGGGAGAGAUUCAUAUGAAUGGAUUUGCUUUAAAUGCCACCAGGUUAACCUUCGUUUUGUCUUGAUACAUUUGAAAUGAUACUGCCCCAGCCGUAGGUCUUAAUUAAAGGUUUAGAGAUGCUAAAAGCGCUAGAUUGUAAUAGAAUGAACGAGCUAGGUCUAGAUACAAAAAUCCCGAAAAAUGGCCCAAAAAUCUAUCCGGAAAUUCUCCAAAAAUGUCUAUAAAUCCCAAUUUUAUCAGAAAAAAUCUCGAAAUUGAUUCUAAAAAUUCCGACUUAUCCAAUUUGUUUUCGAAAUCAUCACAUUUGACUCUAACUUUGACAAGGUCGUGCUUGGAGACUUAAUAGGGAGCUUAAGCAACUACGAAGACGACCACAACGACAACUUCAAAAAACUAUAGGUUUAAUGAUCAAAACAACAGCUCGGCACUUGCAUCACGCUCUUUAUUACAUUUCUUUGACGUCCACUGCACGACUACGACAUGAAACCUCCUAAUUUGACGUUUUAUGCGUGACGUAGACAUACGACGACAAAAUUUCCUUCCUCAUUUUGAACCUGAAUAAAAUUCUUAAGAAUUCAACUCCAGGAAAAGUCGCCAUCAUUUGACAUAUAUUGAGCCGGUCCAAAUAGACGCGAUUAAGUUUGAAGGAAAGCAAAAUUUUUUUUAGCGACGUUUUCACUGCCUUCGUCGUAGUCGUUGCUUAAGGUCCCUAAUAUUUUUUUUCUGACCGAAGGCAAAAUGCAAAUUCGUCUCAAACACGAUUGCUAAAGGGAAUUACUGAGCCUCAACAUCUUAAGCAAGUAAUUGAAGCUCCAAGACGCAUCACGGAUCACUCCGAAUCUCUUAUUGACCUAUGUUUUACUAACGCUCAGCAUAAAGUUAUCGAGUUAUCGUUUGAGCGAUCAUUCUUUGAUUUACUGUCUUGAAGAGCGGUCGCUUAGCCAAUUACCUUGGCAUGUGGCUUUAAACAACCAUGAAGAUAUUGAUGACUGUGUCCACACCUGGAGUAAACUGUUCUCAAAGGUUGCUGAAGGCCAUGCUUCAAUAAGAACAAGCCGGGCCAGAGGUUUUUCUAUUCCUUGGUUGAACCCUCACAUUACCCAACUUAUGAAUCAGCACAAUUACCACCUGAAGAAAGCCAAGGGAAAUAAAUGCAGCACUCACUGGCGUUUAUACCGUGAUCUAAGAAAUAAAAGUCACCCGAAUCAUCGAGAAAGCAGAAUCCGAUUAUUACACUAACCUAAUAACAGAUAGUAGUAAAUCAGGCGCUAAAGACUUUUGGACAGCUUUCAAACAAACUCUUCCCUCUGCUAAAACGUCCUCUAGAAUUAAGUCUGCUAGCUGAUAGCACCCUCCUCACCUCAGCCCAUUCUAUUGCCUCGGCUUUUAAUGCUUUUUCGUAAACGUGGAGAAGUCCCUGGCGGAAAAGAUUCUUCCUGAACCGUAUACAGCUAAAACUACGAACUGUCAUUCUACCUUUUCAUUACAAACGAUUAGUGAAGAUUUUUUUCAAGAUCUAUCAAUCUUUUAAGAACUAAUAAGGCGGUUGGUAUUGAUAAAAUCAGUGCAUGUCUCCUAAAAGAUGUUGUAGAUGUUAUUACUCCUACUUUAACAGCUCUGUUUAAUUAAUCUCUUCAAACAAGAUCUUUUCCUUCUAUAUGGAAAACAGCGAAGGUUAUACCCUUGUUCAAAGAGGGCGAUAAAAAGAAUGCUUCUAAUUACAGGUCGAUCUCCAUUUUACCGACCUUGAGCAAACUCCUAGAGAAGGCGGUUCAUACUCAGCUAUAUGCCAACUGGUUUGGAUUUAGAUUGAAGUCAUCUACUGUUACUGCCGCUUCUCAUCUUUCUGAUCAAAUCCUUUACUCCUUGGACACUGGUCGCCUGACUGGUGCUGUGUUCUUGGGCCUCGCUAAAGCGUUCUGCACUGUUAAUCAUACAAUAUUGCUUCAGAAGCUUUGAAGUCUUGGUGUUGAUGAUACUGCCAUAGCCCGGUUUACCUCAUUUUUAACGCAUAGAAAACAAGUGACCUCUGAAAAUGCCCCUGUUUCGAUUGAUGUUGCGCAAGGUUCUAUAUUAGGCCCAUUAUUAUUCAUAAUUCACAUGAAUCUUCUACCAGAUGUUUUGCAGUUCUGCCAAGUCACUUUAUAUGCGGAUGAUACUGUUCUAUACCUUGCCUCUAAAUCUGCUGCGGACUUACAACGCAAGAUUAAUGCUGACGUGGGGCGUAUGUGCAAAUAGUUUCGGGCUAACCAAUUCACUCUGAAUGUCAAGAAAUCGAUCUUUUUUUUACCUAUAUGUAGUAGUUCCCGCCUAAGUAAAGAAGGGUCCAUCCAUAUUCCUGCUGAUAAUGUCCCUCUCGAUAAUGUAGACUCUUAUACGUACUUGGGUAGUGUGAUCAACAACCAGUUUACCUGGAAUGACCACAGAGAUUACAUUUGUGGUAAGAUCAGCAACAAGUUUGGUCGUAUCUUGCCUCCCCUUCCACGCCAGAAUUACGUUUUUUAAAUAGUUUUAUCGUACCUCUUUUUGACUAUGGGGAUAUCAUUUGGGGUGAUCGGGGAAAUGCCUCCUUGGUGUCUGAUCUACGAGUGUUGUAAAAUAAAGCAGUGCGUCUCAUUUUUGAUCUUCCUGCGCAUUCUUCCGCAUCCAAGGCACUUAAGAGACUUGGCUGGAAGCCCUUAUUACGGCGUACAAUGGAACAUCAAGCUAUUUUUAUGUACAAGUUACUUUACAAUCAUUUUUGCUGCUCGAUCCGAGUUUCAUUUAACUGUGAUUUUCAUGAUUAUUAUACACGGUCAAGAAAUGACAUUCGCAAAUCCAGUGCCACAAGGCGCUGGGGUCACUGGUCGUCAGUUAAUUUUAAUUCCAGUAUUUGGAACUGUGUAGACACUUCCUAAAGGGAAGCAGAGACACUUUCUUCUUUUAAAUGUGGCCUGUCUAAAGCAAUUUUGUGAUAUGUAUAUGUACAUAUAUAUGUAUUUAAUCAAAUAUGUGUAUGUGAAUUUUUUUUUCAUUUAUAUUUUUUUUCAUAGUCUUGCAUUUUUUGACUAGUGUUUAGUCUUUGCCGAGUUUUCUUUUGAGGACCUAACUGUAAACCACUUCUUGUGGCAUUGGCACUCUUCAUUAAAGAUUGCUUUUUUCAUAAUUUGUAUAAAAUGCAGGAUUCUUGCAACCUGCGCAAUUUGACUACAAGUCCUGUGGUCAAAUUGCAUGCAAACACCUUAACUUCAAACUGAUUCCAAAUGAUAAUUCAGUAUUCACUAGAUAAUGUAAGUGGUUUGUCUCGUUCAUGUAUUCAGUUUAUCUCUCAAAAAAAUGAUAGCGACAAUGAGCACUAAAUAGAGUUUGACAUUUCAUGUGGCACAACCGAGGCCAAAAACAUGAAGACUGUAUUUUUCUAAACAUUAUCGUCUAAAAAUCCGAAAAUUCUGUAAAAAUCUCAUUUGACUCUGAAAAUCCUUUAAAAAAAACGGAUUUUUGUAUCUAGGCCCAGAACGAGCAAAGUCUGCACGAAACGUACCUGGGUCCAGCACAAAGAAUUUUAAGUCCACUCUACAGUCAUUCCGUCUUUAACCUUUUUAAUUAAUAUUGAAACGGAGUGUGCUGCAUGGCAAAAACGACGAUUCAUAAAUUAAAAGCAUGGAAAACCGUAGCAAAAACGUAUAAACACUUAUCACAAAAUAGCGACGUAAACAAUGGAAACAAACUUUCAAAGCAAAAGUAGGACAUAAAAUUAUAGUAGUUGAAUUGCAGUUAAGAUCAGUCUUCAAAGUCUAUAUGACGCUUGCUGAGGGAAUGAAAGUCAACAACGCGCGAAAAUCAUAUGCAUACGUUUAGCCAAAAGAGUUCUAGAUUUUCUCACCGAGCACACGAGUCUGAAUAUUUAAAGUGCACACCAAUCCCAGGGCUUCUAAAGGGCAUUUUAAGUCCCUCCAAUACGAUAAGGAUGCUACUGUAGGUGCUUUUAUCUUAUGUUCGUUGUAGCGCUCCUUCCCCCAUACAGAAAAAAAAAUGAUAACCAAAUGAAAGAACGAUUUGCUGAAAGUGGAGCUGACGUAAAGUUUCAUUGUGGUGCAUCCAGCCCUAUCAUGGAAAUGCCAAACAAAAAUACCCUUUAAUAGCUUCUUUCCAUUUGAUCCUUCCUAUCUAGCGUUAUUAAAGGCCUGCGUACAUGAGGUGAGCCAGCCCGGUUUGCUGGGCUGGCCUGCUUGACCAGGCUGGCUCGGCUCAUACCUUGUUUCCUCAUAAAAUUUACGUUGUGUUUAUAUGAGAAGAAGGGCUGGCCUGCUUGCCGAGAUCCCGGUUGCUCGAGUCAAGAUCUUGGCAAGCGGGCCAUCAUAUCCGCCCUCUUAUUUAAGCACAACGACAAUUUUAAGAGGAAAUAAGGUAUGAGCUGAGCCAGCCUGGUAAAGCCUGCCAGCCCGGCUAGGCUGGCUCACCUCAUUUAAAAAGGCCCUAAGUUACGUGUGGUUGUUUAUGUCUUUUCAGGCAGCGGAAAAGGCCCUGAAAGCCUUGCAAUAUAAAGUGGAUGCAAACCAGAAGACGAAUGACCACAAUUUGUGUCAAAAUUGCUGUGAUAUCAAUGACCAUAGAUUAACCCAGUUGGCAGUUGAACUGGAAUGUGUUGUGGUAAAUUCAGCACACAUGCGAUAUCCUGACACCAUGUCAUACCCCAAGAUACCAAAUGACGUGUAUACAGCACAAAAGGCAGAGAAGGCCCUGAGCUUAGCAAGAAAUAUUGUGGAGAGAGUGAAAGUCAAAUUGACUUAAUUAAGGUAAUUUAACUCUCAAGUACCGGUAUGUAGUUGACGGCGCCAAUGGGAGACGUGAUGAAACCAACACCAGCUGACGUUAUGAACCCACUUACACUGUUGGGGAAGUAGUCAUAUUCGAGAUUCGUUUUUAGUUCUUACCAUUUUGCUAUAAGCAAUAGGCCCGCUGCAACUAACCAUUCACGUGGUACAAAACCGCCGUGCUGAAGAGCAAGUGACGCACUGGGACAGGCCAAACAAAAAAACUUACAUCAUUUAAGGUUAUCAGAUACCUUCGAGGGUGUCUCACGCGCAAGUAAUGUAGCGCGUUCCGGUUAAACUGCAGAUACCGAAAAACCCAUAUCAAAUUAAAGCUUAUUAAACUAGCUUUCUUAAUAAACCAUUAUUAUUUUAUUAUUAUUUCCCAUUGUUUCACGAUUAGGGUAUCGGAGGGCUGCUACAUGAACCCAUCGAACAAAUUUCCUCGGAGUUAUAGCUUCUUAAAGUGUCCCCCUCUGAGCGGAAAGUAUAUGUCGAGAAAAAGGCGAUUAAAAAAUCCCUCGCUUCGUAAAAAAACCCCGCCCACAAAUACUUCCCAGCAAUCUGGGCCAAUCAGCGCUUGGAUAAGACAACAACUGCUCUAUUUUCGCGCACUUUUUAUUUUCAAACAGCUUCGUGUUUCGACUUUCGAGCCACGUUUGCGUUGGGAUAAAUAGUGAGAUCAACUUUUAUUUUUCACGGCUGUUGAAAUUAAAGACCACAAAUACAGCCACCGCUAGGUUGAAAACCAAACCGGCCGAUAGAAUGAAAAGAAGAAAAGACAGUCCGGCGGCUUCUACUGAGCCCGGACAAUUAACAAAGAUAGAGGAUGAGAUAAUUUAACAGCGAUGCAACUGAUUGGGUAACCGGUAGUUUUCUUUUGUGUCUUGUUUAGCUUAAGUUUCUCUUUUACUACAUUCAUUUGGCAAAUAACUGAGACAAUUAAAACUUAUUCAUGAUUUUUAUGUAGGCUGACUCUGACUACUUUUAGUAAACAUGAAGCGCUCCACUCAACUAAGACGAAUGGUGGAAACGUUCUUUUUCAUUUGUUGGUAUUGUCAAGAUGCCUUUUGAAACUUUGCUUUUGAAAAUACAUUUCUUUCCGUUGCUUCUUUUAUAUUCUUCUAUCGUGUCGUUGUUCAUUAAGAUUCCCUUUCGCCCUUCACUUUUUGCAUUUUGCGCUGUUUAUAAUUUGUCCAUGGACAAAAAAAAAGAGAGAACGCUGCGUCGAUUCGCUAACUAAAAACGUAACAUUUCCGACUGUUCAUCCACCGGCCAUGGAAAUUCCCGCGAAAAACACCAUAGGGCUGUCAAUCAAAAAGAGUAACUUUUGCUUCCGGUGCAAACGAAAAACCGUCAUUUCUCCGCCAAUAUUUACUCUUUUCCAUUUUUUCUGUUCUUCUCAUAAAGAUCACACCAAAGACUUUACUAUUCGCCAAAAAUCAAAACUCUAACAAAAUUUUUCGUCUGACGAUAACCGGUAACCUUAAAAUGGUCGUAAUUUCCUUUGUUUGUCUUCUCCCAAUGCGUCCCUCUGCUCUUCAGCAAGGCGGUUUUGUACCACGUGAAUGGCUAGCUGCAGAAGGCCUAUUGCGCAGUAUAAUAUUCUGGGAAAUUGCCCUCCUACCCCUUGUCGCUAACCCAACAUUUUUUCUAAGUAGGAAGUUAGUUAACGCUGGGUUAGAGGAGAGGUGGGUAGGCAGUUGCCUAGAAUCUAAAUGCUGAUCCCAUAGAACAAUUUGACGGAAUGACACGAGCUGCUAUCUUGGCAUCCGAUUGAAGUUACCCAUACGUUUCACAGAUUUCAACAAACUAAUAACUUUCAUGUUAGCUUUUCAUUGAUCUUCGCAUUUUAUGAACCGGGCUGACUUCCCUAUUUUACGCUGAAAUAGAAGAUAUGAAAAGAUAUGAAGAUAUGAAGUGUCUUCUUUUCUUUUACAGUUUUCCUUCUAUUUUUCAAAGAUGAGUUGCGAAUCAGACCACAUUGAAAGUGGAGUACAUCUGGAGUUCCAUUCGACGUGUAUCUUAGAAGAAGUUAGACUAAUUUAUGUCAGUAGAGAAAAUGCUCGAGUUUAGUCUCAUUGUAAUGCCAGCUUAAGGCCCGUCCACAUUAUUUUCAGAUCAUUUUUUUUUCUGCUUUUGCAUACAGUCCACACUGAAAAGAUUUUUUUGCUCACCGAAAAAUAAUCUUCAGAUUGGAAGAAUAUGAAAACCUCGGCUAGGUGGUUUAGGGUGCGUGGAUGGUCCAAAACGCUGGCGUCAAAAUAAAAUGGCCAUGUUAUCGCCUUGCUGGCGUGCGUUGAAGUGACGUUUGUAUACCAUCCUAUUCGAGCCGAGUGUCGAGGAAUUGUCUCUUUUUUGAAGUUUUCCGGAUUACUGUGGACGGUAUAAAGCAUUGAAAUGACAUCCAAAUGAUAGUGCAUUUUUCACCCGUUUUCAAAUCGUUCAACUUGUGGAUGGGGCUUGUACAUUGGGUGCGGCCUCUACAUUAUGUGGGCCGCUGCAUGUUAGACAAAAACUUUAAAACGCUGUCAGUGAAGCUGGUGAAGUACAGCGUCAAUAGCAACUGUGAAAAUAAGUAAUGGUAACAGGACUGAGUGGAGUCCCAAUUCGGUCUGUAAUAAUCAUGAGUGAUUAACAAAAGCUUUGUUUAAUCACGACUAUGAUUACAAACCGAAUUGGACGACACGAAGUUCUGUUACCAAUUAAUCAUAACUUUAACAAAAUUCUUGAUAUAUCAGGCUCUUUUUAAAUUCAAAACACAAGAAAUUCCAAGGUUUUUUUUGCUAGCCAUGAAAAAGAAAAGCCAUUUAAGCGUGCGUGUGAUGGUGCAUACUGUCCAAUUACUUAGGCAUGACGAGUACUAUUAAACAGUCCUAUUAAGACUGAAAUCAGGGCAGUUGACAACCAAUCUGAUUUGAGAAAUUUGUUAUAGUUAUGAUCAUAAAUAAUAACGUAGAGGAUAUUAGUCCGUUUUAGUUUUGUAGAACAACAGUCGGCAUAGCCUUAUCAUUUACAAAGGUAGCACAAGUAACAAACGUUUCUUGUAUUAUGUUGCUCUUUUAACCCUUUUUCAUAUUCUUGUUGCCUGUAAUUUUAGGCUUAGGAUCUAAUCUUGAGUUUCUUGCACCAUCAAGAAAACAUUUUAAAGGAUUUUUAGAGGGUUUACUUAAAGUACCAAACAGUCAAGAGUUUGUUUGUUUGUUCGUGUUUUGAUUUAGUAACGUACAUGUACACUGACAUCGCUACUCUGAGGAGUGACGCCGCCGAAAACGUGAUUCUAUGGUUCAAGGGGACACAUCUCGUUCGAAGCCUUUGGUAUCGAAAUUUGACAGUUUUGCAGUCUAUUGAUUUGAAAACUGUUGUGAAUAUGCUUAAGAUCAAGAAAAUUGAACAACUGAGUUGAAUAGGAGUGGGUUUUUUUUGUGCUUUUUCCUUAUAUUAGACAAGUGUAUGAUUGAUGACAUCUAACAAUUUGUGGAAUGAUCAAAAUAUCUAUAGUACUAUGUACAUGAAGACGUAUAAGGUUAUGUCCACACUUUACCGGUUAGCCUUAUUUCCAUGCCGAAAGGAAGACCUUUCCGGUAUAGUGUGAACGUAGCCUUAACCUAUCUGAUAUGUGACGCUCCACUUUAGAGAUCGGCGCGGGCGCAGCUUCGCUCCGUUACGGAAAUCGCGCCGAAACCACCGUUCUUGUGUGUGAACAGAAGCCCUAUCCGGUAAAAUUUCAACAUAGCCUGAGGACCAGUUAAGAUUAGGCGAUCACCGUCUGUGGCUUGUUUUAAACCACCUUAGUAACAGAACCUAUGUGUAACCAGAAGCCCCAUCCAGUAUGGUUUUGGUGCCGGCGGGAUAGUUAUUCGGUAUAGUGUGAACAUAACCUAAGUAGCUGAUGUGGGUGAGAAUAUGACAAUUUAUUAUAUAAACACCAAUGAAAUACCAGGUGAGCUUUCGCACGAAAACUUGAUAUCUUUACGUGUGAAAAUAACAUGUUAUCUUCACAUGUGAAAAUAUCACCGUUGCUAUGGCUACAUAAUAGAUCGCGCCUUUCACACCAGAAAACUAUUAAAGUGAAAUGGUUUGGUAGUUCAUUGGUGUUUAUGUAAUAAAUAGAACAUUACAUGGCCG